AUGACCUCUAAGCCAUCCACUUCAAAGCCAUCCUCUUCAAACCCGAGCUCUUCAAAACAGCCAGCCUCUUCCGCAAAACCGACGUCUUCAACACGUCCAAGUACUUCAUUGCCUCCAAGUUCGAUUGCCGCAUCUACUAUUCCGGUGGUGAUCAAAGGUCACCAUCUAGAAGAUGAGCUGCCACUAGGUGAAGGAAGUCUGGCGUCAAAACUGUGUCAUCUGGAGACAUCAACUCGAAACCCAUCGUGCUUUCCCAGCUUCGGCGACUUUCCAGCAUCCGUACUUCCCUCUACGCAGCAACUAUCUCAAGUUAAAUCCUCCCAACCACUUCCCUCUACACUGAAACAAUCUCAAGUCAAGUUCUCCCGCUCUAUUAAAAUUCCAAGCUCCUUUCCAGGUUCUGCGCUUUCUCAUUCAAACCAUCGUCCACCGAGUCGCAUUCGUGGCCGACCUCCUACAGUCCUAGAGCUCAACUCAGCUCUCUUGGAAUACUUGUUGAAAUCCUCAGGACAGAUUUCCUUCUCGCUGCUUAAAAGCUGGGCUGCAAGCUGGGGAUUCUUCACAUUUGAUGGGGACAGCGUUUUCAAGGUGCUGGAUCUAUUAGUAAAAGAGAUAGAAGAUGCCGUUGCAGUGCAGACAAAGGGUUUCAUAGGCAGAGCGGGGAUAAUUGUGGAGAAAGAUGAAAUAUUACGCAUCUUGAGGAUACUCAACAGCGCAAUUGUUCAGAAGAUUAAGGGGUAUCUGGGGUCUAAGUGA